CGGGCGGAGGGAGGGCGGGAGGUAGCGGGCCGGGCCCCCGGCUAUUAGUACCGGCCCUCGGCGGAGCCCGCCUCAGUGCUGAGCCGCCCCGGUCACUCGCCGCCUCUCAGCACCAUGCAGGGGCUCAGCGCCGCGCCGCCCGCCGCCUUCCUCCUCCUCAGCGCCCUGCUGCUGCCGGCGGCCGCGGCGCCGGGAGCCGAGCGGGAGCUGAACCCCAGCAGCCGGCUGGCGGCGGCGGCGGCGCGGGUGGCACUGCACUACCUCAACUUCCAGGCGGCCUCCCCCGGCGCGCUGCGGGCGCUGGGGCAGGUCCGCAAGGCCACGCUGAAGAGCAUCCCCGAUUCUGGUCACAAGUACUACCUGCAGUUCACUACCGAAGACUACAAAAGUGGGGAAAAUGCUGGGAGCUGCCUUGCUACAGUGUUGUACCCAAAGACAAAGGCUCCGCCUGUUGUCAGUAUCAAGUGCGUGCACACCAAAGACCAGAAGCAAAUCCAAGAAGAGGACAACAAAAUUUACCAGAAAAUUAGGCAACAAACCAAAGCAAUAAUUGGAAACAAUAUUCCAGACAGCUAUGGAAAUAUUGAACCUGCCCUGGAGCCUGCGUGGGCCUUGGCUGUUGCUGGCAGCAGUUACAUAAUGUGGGAAAAGUCAACGGAGAACUUGGGUUACUUCAUGGCACAAGUCAAGUCUGUGAAACAGUGGAUAAGGAAAGAUGAUUUCGUUGAGUUUGACUACACUGUCCUACUCCAUGAACUUCCAACGCAGGAAAUUAUUUCAUGUCACAUGCGCCUCACUUGGGUUCCUGGUCGCCCUCUGAAAGUGAAAUACUUCUGUGCUUCAGAGAAUCAGGGGCUCGAAGAUGGAUCUGGGAUGGAAUCUGGAUCAGCUGCUGGGAUUUUACAUGAAAGUGGAGCAAAUUUUUAGCAGAGAUUGUCAGCUUUAUGUAUAUGUAUUAAAUGAGAAAAUCCUUGUGUUAAUGGACCUGGAGUUGUGAUAAUUUUUCUACUAUACAAGUCGAGCAGUGAAUUUGAACGCUUUCACUAGUCUGUUUUGUUCCAAAAUUAAUUCCUGUAAUUUCUUACGCUGCAAGACUCAUGUUCUAGAGUUCUACCUAGAAACUUUGCUACUCCAUAUAUACCCAGAUGACCAUACACAAGUUGGUUUUAUGUCACUGUUACUUAGAGUAACAUAGGUUGUAAACAAAGUUAAUAUAUUUGGAUUAAAAUCUCGAGAAAAGUAUUAAUCUGUCACUAAGAAAUAUGUCUAAUUUUUUUUUUUUCAUUUUUUGGGAUAGAUACAUGCUGAUUUUUAACUUGCAUCUCCGAUAAAACAGACCAUUACGCAGGGUCGAGGUUGGGUUUUCUUUCAGGACGCUGCUGUUCGACCCAGCUGCCCGUCUCCUCCCAGGGUCUGGCCCUCCAGAGGACGUGGACGGGCGCAGGGUCCCCCCGCAAGGCCCUGCGGAAGCUGGUAACCAGCGUCUGCGCGGCCCCAGCCCCGGUGACGCACCGCUGCUCCCCGCGGCGCGAGCUGACGGAGAGUUUCUUCUCUUGUAUUUGUGAGGGCAACUCCAAAAAUAUUGAUAUAAGGAAAACAUGUUUUGUUGUCUCCCCACUGUCACCGGCACAGAACACUGCAAGGCAGUGUUUGUCGGGCGGAAACUGAGGAUGUUGUCUUAGUCUAUUUGCAGCACGGCACAGUUCUUGUUAUUUUACCUUAAGAAAACCAGACAGAACUGGACAGGAAGACAGGAAUGUUCUGUACAGAGAAUUUCCACACUUGGGCUCGGCGGGGGAACAGCGCGCCGCCAGAAUGCCCCAUCAAACGCUCCCAUAGUGACUGCCGUGCCUUGAACCCACCCCUAAGCACAACAAAGUCCUACCGCAAGGACGACUUUUUCUCCUUUCACACCGAAUUCUCCAUUUGGGUUUACAGCAGGCCCACCCUCCCGCCUUUGCUCUCUGAGACGGGGCCAAACUGUCUCGAGUGCGUCAUUUUUCCCCCCCCCCAUUAGCAAGUUUUCUGCCGGGUUAAAGUAACUCCGUGUCAAUAAGUACACCUUACUGAGGAGAAGAGGCGAUGGUCGCUGCCUUCUGGGCUGGUUCUGUUCGUUGUAACUUGUGGUGUAUUGCGCUAUCGUUGAUCUGUAAUUGGUAACGAUGAUUAAGGUAAUCAACAUGAAAGGUUUAACGGGGGCAUACUUAGGCUGGGAGAUCUGGUAACCCCCUAGAUUCAGGCAUUUUACACAAGUGUAUGAGUCUGAUAUACUUUUACUGACUGAAGCUUUUUAUGUCAGCACGUGAGAGGCAUUACAAUAAAUUCAGCGAAGCAGCA